GAUAUAUUUCCAUUGACGAACCGGAAAUGUCUGUGGAGAUGCUUGCUAAAUUGUAACAGAUCAUAACCCGCUUGUAACCGAGUUGUGACAGAAUGUUACAUUUACAGUUCACAACCGAAACAUUGCCUGAAGCGGUGGUCAUCGACUUUCAGAAUUUGAACAAAUUCAGCGAACAGCAGUUUGCCCGGCUGACGGAAAUACUGUAUCAGUUUAUGCUGGAGCCAAAACAGACGGAGAGGUUCCUCACACAGCUGAAUGAGUUUGCUGGCCAGAAUGGCAUGAGCGCUGGUCCCCUGAGGACCCUGGUGAAGAGCAUCCUCCUCCUGCCUCAUGGUGCCCUCAAGAAAAAUCUUACUGCUGACCAAGUAAAAGAAGACCUUCUCAAUCUUGGAGUUGAUGAAGACAAAGCAACACAUUUUUCAAACCAGUGGAAAGCCAAUUACGCUGGGAUCUCCCGAGUGGCUGUUGUACAGACUUUAAUGGUUAAUCAGCUAGUGGACAUGGAAUGGAAGUUUGGGGUGACUGUAGGGACAAGUGAGAUUCAAAAGACCGGGAAUAUCUUUCUACAGCUCAAGCUAAUCAUCAGAAAAGGAAACUCCACAGAAAAUGUCUACAUGGAACUGACACUACCUCAGUUCUACAACUUCCUCCAUGAGAUGGAGAGAGCCAAAUCUGCCAUGGACUGCUUCAGUUGAGGAGCUCUCUGUUUCAACAGAGCCCACAUGUGCCUUUACAAUGGACUCUGGCACAAGAGGAGGGGUCUCCUCAAUCUCACGUGUGUGGGACCAUUUACUUCCGUGCUAGGCUCUAGCAUUUCAACCUUUUCAUUAUGUGAGAUCAAGUUUGUUUGCAUAUAUCUAUGUCUGUCUUGUGAAUGCUUUAAUGCUGUAUCUUCAUAACAAAUAACCUGUAAAUGUUGGGCUGUGCCUUGUGAGAUAAAUUAUUCUCAUGUAAAUAAUUACUGUAAAAAUAUUAUUGAUUAUUAUUGUUCACACGAUCUAUGGCAAUGUUACACUUUAUAGACAGCUAAUUAAAUGAGCAAUUCUUUAA